AGUGAGCCUCCUAAAGUUGAGAAGCAACUCGGAAGCAGUAGCAACUGGGCUACCCAUUUCGCGAAGCAGCAGGGCGUGUGUCAAUUUAAUUUAAUUCAUAUGGUACACAGAUCCCUGACAUUGCUUCUCUCUGCUUACUGCAGACUGAACCCAAUUGCCCAAUUCCAUAGACAACUGCAGGUUCAACGCUUUUGGUUGUAAAUCUGUCAGAUCACAACAUCAUCGUCGUCAUCUUCUUCUUCUUCGUCUACUGCUUACUGAUACCUUGUAAAGAAUUCAUUGAAAAAUGGCUUAUAGGAGGAGACAGCAACAGCUGACGAUAAAUACUGCUUCCUUUGGCGAGGAAGAUGAGGAUGAUAGGACAAAUUCUGACUCGUCUUCUACUUCUCUUGCUGCCAAAGCCAUUAGAGCAUCUUCUGCUGCUCAUAGGGACUCUUCUCUCUCCUCUGCUUAUGGCUUUAACCAACGCUCUCCUUCUUCUUAUUUUACUGCUUCUGCUACUGUCACUUCUUCUUCUUCUUCUUCUUCUUCUUCUUCAUCUUCUUCCAAGGAUUCGAAGCCACAUGUGUAUACAUCGAUGAAGAAUCUAAAUGAAUCAUCGAAACAAGGGUUUUGGGGUACUCUUGCUAGAAAAGCUAAAUCCAUUCUUGAUGAUGAUGAUAAUGAUCCUCCUAAACAAUUGGAUUCACUUGCGACUGGGAGACCCACCCACCAUGUGCCUUACACUUCAACUAAACCCAAGUACCAAAGUCCAUACCCUUCUCAUGACAGCUAUCGCAAAACCGACAGUCCUAAGUUGCAGAAGGGACUCAAUGCGAUCUCAUCUUCCCUAAAUUAUAUUGGUAAUGCUGUUGAGGAGGGUCUUACCAUUGUGGAGAGUCGGACUGCAGACAUUAUUCAAGAAACACGUAGGCAUAUCAAGAAAAAACCUAGUACUGAUGCUGCACAAAAUCAGGCAACUAAUCAUGGCAGGACAUUGCAACAACCUCAAUUACAGACCCAUGUGCAACCUCAGAUACAAACUGAUCAAGAACUUCAACUAAAAGCAUCUCGCGACGUUGCAAUGGCUAUGGCUGCCAAGGCUAAGCUUCUUCUAAGAGAGUUGAAAACUGUUAAAGCAGAUUUGGCUUUUGCUAAGGAGCGAUGCGCUCAGCUGGAGGAGGAAAAUAAAAUCCUUAGAGAGCAUCGUGAAAGAGGGGACAACCCAGAAGAUGAUGAUUUGAUACGGCUUCAACUUGAAACACUAUUAUCAGAGAAGGCUCGGUUGGCGCAUGAGAACUCGGUUUAUGCACGUGAGAAUCGCUUCCUAAGGGAGGUUGUCGAAUACCACCAACUCACCAUGCAGGAUGUUGUAUACUUAGAUGAGAGCACUGAGGAAGUCACUGAAGUUUAUCCCAUCAAGGUUGUGUCGGAUACUUCCUCUUUCUCCAAUACUUCGCUGCCCCCUUCACUGUCACCUGAGGCUUCCCGUGGUUCAAGUCUGCGACCAACUCGGGACAUCUAUCCUCGCCCUGUGCCACCGCCAGGACUUUUGGAGGUUCCUAAAAGUGCAACCCCCUUGAAUUUAAAUACUGCUAAUGCUGCAGUGGAUACAAAAAAUUACUCGAGCUCUUCCGUUUGAACAGCAUUGCUUCUUCUUAUGCUUGAAAUUGUAACUGUAUGUUAUCGAUCUGUCAAUUCAUUUUUCAGUCAUUGCUGGCUGAUACUAGUGUAUAUUUCCUAUCAUGUACUUUCAUGCUUCUUGUCAUGUUAAAACAAUAGUUGUCUUUAAUUCUUUUUCAGAUUUCUGAAAUGUAUUUUGAAUUUUUCGGAGUCCUGACAUAUUGCAAUUUUUGACAACACAAUCCAAAUCAUUAUUCGAGCUGAAA